UCCCGUCCCGCUCCCGGCGCGGCGGCGGGCAGCGCGCGAGCGCGGCGCCACCAUGGCGCUGGAGGCGGAGGCGGCCGCUGCCGCCCUGAGCUCGUUCCUGCGGGACUUCCCCGCUCCGCUGGGCCCGGCGGAGCCGCUGCCCUGGGGCGCGGCGGGGAGCGGCGCCCUGAGCAAGGCCGAGGUGCCGGGCGCGCUGGCCGAGCGGGCCGGGAGCCUCCUGGGCGGCAGCAGAGGUGUUUCACCACUUCUUGCAGCAUCAUUGAUCCAUGCUGCAGUUGAUGAAGUCCUCCAAACAGAUUUGACUGAAUUUAAGCAGCAAAGUGUGGAAGCAGAGGGAGGAGGAGAUGAGGAAAGGUUCACCUUGCUGGAUGGAGAGUCGUUGCAGCGCUGCUUCUUCAACAAGCUUCGGGAUGUCUGCCUUGAAUGGCAGAAGCAGUUGCCACCACUGAAACCACUGAGGCGGUUCCUGCUCGUUUCCAUCCACGCCAUCCGUAACACUCGUCGGAAAAUGGAGGACCGCCACGUUCUGCUCCCAGAGUUCAACCAGCUGUUUGGUUUAUCAGAUGACGUUGAUCGUGCUUACUUUGCGGUAUUUGAUGGCCAUGGUGGAGUGGAUGCUGCCAAUUAUUCAGCAACCCAUUUACAUGUAAAUGUUGGGCUACAUGAAGAAAUUGUUAAGAAUCCAGCUGAGGCCUUGAAAUGCUCUUUCCAGAAGACAGAUGAAAUGUUUCUUUUCAAAGCCAAAAGAGAGAAGCUGCGGAGUGGUACAACAGGUGUGUCUGCGCUGAUCGUAGGGAACAAGCUACACAUAGCAUGGCUGGGGGACUCGCAGGUAAUGCUCGUGCAGCAAGGAAAAGCUGUGACGUUAAUGGAACCUCACAAACCAGAAAGAGAAGAUGAGAGAGCACGUAUUGAGACGCUGGGUGGUUGUGUAACCUACAUGGACUGCUGGCGGGUUAAUGGUACCUUGGCUGUUUCCAGAGCAAUUGGUGACAUAUGUCAGAAACCCUACAUCUCUGGUGAUGCCGAUGGGGAUUCAUUUGAGCUGACUGGUUCUGAAGAUUACUUGCUCCUAGCCUGCGAUGGAUUCUUUGAUGCUGUCAAGCCAUAUGAGGUUGUAGACUUGGUCCUAGAUCAUUUAAUGCAAACCAAAGGAGCAGGUGUCCACGCAGCAGAACGACUGGUGGCUGCUGCAAAGGAAAAUGGAUCCAGUGAUAACAUCACCGUUCUAGUGGUGUUCUUGAGGGAUCCUCAGGACAUCUUGGCAGACUGUCUCAGAGACCCCAAGAGCCUUGGUGCUGGUGACGAUGCUCGGAGCUCACCGUUUAAUUUCCUCAGCUGUGAGGCAGCAGCCACACAGUGACAAAAUGUGCUUAAUCCAGAACGUUCAAUUAAGUUCACGUAAGGAACUGCUUUCCACUGAAGAAGCCUCUAAUACAGUAGGCAAAAUGCAUCAGGAAAAAAAUGACAAAUGGACAAACGUUUAACAGAAAGGCAAGACUCCUUUUACUGAGUUCACAUUUGUCUUCUCCUUUCUUUCCCCUCCCUUCAAAAAACACUGAGCAGACGUGGAGGUUUGUACAGCUAUUUGUUUCUGGGAGCAGACUUCUAAAGUGUGUCCCAGGGCCGCUGGUUGUAUCCCUCUGCCCUGGAAGUGGUAAGAAACCAUAAUAUGUAUAAGCUAAUGGGUGAGAAUUCCCGUUUGUGAAUUCUGAGUGAAAAUUUAAAUUAGCGCUUAAAAAGAAUGCUGUAUGUUGUAUUUAAUUGUGAUGUUACUUUGGAGACUGGGAGAAGAGAAGCUGUCGCCAUCACAGCAAAGCUUGUGCCUGUGUGUGGGAACAGGCUGGGUGUGCCAGAGGCUGGGGGACACCACUCCGCUGUGUGAGUUGCUCUUGUUUUGUACCAAAGAUGAUAUUUCAAGAAUGAUGUGGUCUCUUUAUUCAGAGACAUUCAAUCGUGUGUGUAUGGAGAGGAGAAAAUGAAACAGAAUGCUCCUGAAAAAGAGGAAGAAAGCUAAGUAGAAAUAUCCCAGGCAAAAUGAUACAACAUCAGCUGCUUUCUGGGAUGCUCUGGUUUAUAAACUGGAAUCCGAUAUUUAACUGCACUGGAUCGUUUCUCCCUAACAAACAGGCUUUAUUGGCUAUUUGGCAAUCUGGAAAGAAAGGACCCUUGUUGUUGUAUUUGAGAGAUCUUUACAGUAUGUGUGCUCUAGCAGUUAAAUAUGCUCUGUUUCUACCGCUUUUUGUGUACUAUACAAAUGAGAAUUUUAUUUUUAUUCUAAGUGUUUAUUUGUUUAUUUACUGAACUUUACAUUUGGAGGAAUUUUUUGCAGUGUUACUUUAUUUUGUUGUGGUUUUUAUUUAAAUUAGAAUUUUAAAGUGGCUGUGUCUUUAUUACCUGGUCUUAAAAACUGACUACCCUGAAGUGCCUUAAAUACUUCACCCAAGGAUUCCCGGCUUCCUGUCACAUUCUGGUGAGCCAGUUUAUAGUGGGUUUAGAAUGUGACUUUUUUAUUUCAUUAAUACUAACGUUUAAUGCACUUAAAUAUUUAAUUUUUGUGAAUGAUUUUAGUGGGAACUAGGUUUCAAGAAAACAUCUUGUUCAUUCUUGCCAAAUCUUGUGGCUCGUAGUAAAAGCUUCACAAUACGUACUGUGACUUACCCCCUGCCUGUGCAAAAAGCUCUACUUAGUUAAUCAUAAAGUAACAAUACGAGUCAUCAUGGCUUUUCGUUUAAAAACAAGUACACUUCGGACCUUCACAAGAAAUUUAAUAACACGAUCUAGAAACAGUUUAGUAACAGGUUUUGAUAAAUAGAUGGUUAAUUUGGCCUUACUUCAUGAACUUUUUGAGUCUAAAUAACUUUCUAAAGAGAUGUGAAGCUGAGGUGGGGACGGAAGAAUCUUAGCGAAUGCAUAUGUUGUUGUGUGCCUGUUAUGUCCAGGCUGGAGCCUCCGGUUGUGUUUUCUCUUGUCUUCUAGGCCGGCUAGCAGGACCCAACAGGAGCUGAAGGCUCGGUGGUAAACGUGUUAGUAAUUUCUGUGUCUAAACAAGAAGUGCUUUACAUCUGGCAGCAAGAUUGUGUGCCUAAUUUAGAAGCACGUGGCAUUGCAGUGUGUCAGUCCUGUUGGAUAAAAGGUGAUGAACAGGAAUGUUGCUUCGGGAGGAGAUGUCGGCAGAGGGUUGAGGUGGCUGACAGGAGGGACAGGGCAGCGCUGCUGGUGUCUGCGGGGACUCUGAAUCGUCAGCUGGAGUGGGGCGAUGCAGGUACCUGGGCACCUGAGUUUUGUGCUGGGUUGCUGUGGAUGAUCGUACGGUUCAACAUAGUGACUCCUCGGUGAGCUGCGUCUCAUCACAAAGCAACUCGGACAGCGGCUGCCUUGUUUUGCUGUGUGGCAACAGGAGCUUUUCCUCUGCGAAGGCUGCAGGCACUCUUCCAUUCUACGUUUUGCUGCCCGUGAAAUGCAUGGGGAAGGCUUGCUGUGCUGGCAGCCUGGUAGGGUACCUGCACCUGUCCAUUUUUGUGGCGAACCCGCGUCAGUUAAGGAGGCCUUCAGACUUGUCUAGUGAUCCCUCUGGAUUCACCAUCUCCCAUCUCCUUGAUUUCUAACCCAGAUACUCAGUGUCAUGCUGAAUUCUCAUGACCACUAGUGCCUCUUUGUGUCUUGGAAACAGUUCUCAUUAAUACAGUAAGAAUCAUACAGAAUUGUUUGAUUUCACUGCUAUCUGAGGUUUAUCAGGAGAGGGGGAAGCUGUUGUAUUUAAGAAGGGAGGUGUGAAGUGUUGCUAAAUUCACAGUGUGGUUUGGUUUCUGAAAUUUGCCAAAUUUCCUGAAACAUGGAGGGAACUGAGCAAGCCAAAUUCUUUGUAAAGUUCCUUUACAAAGUCUAAGUCUUUCAAUGGAUACUUACAGCUAUGUGAGAAUAUCCUUAUUUAUUUCAAAUUUGAUAGUUCUUUUUUUUAAUGGGAGCUCAGUGGAAUGGGCCUUUAGAAAGCUGUCUGUGGUAAUAAAAAAAAUUAAUUCUGAAGCUAUGCUGUAGGGACAAAAUCCUGCAUUCUGAGAAGCUGUUCCCUUACAUAGAUAUUUUCAUUCUCAGUGACCUAGUGCCUCAUUUCUUUGAGAUGUAAGCGGAUAGGAACAGUCUUUGGAUUCCCAUAAAUCCCGUACAGAUUUCAGAGGGGAUACAGAAUAUUUCUCUACUUUUCAGAGACUUCUUACUAGCUUUAAAAAGUCUAUUCAGGUCUAUAGGAGUUGUAACUGGGUCAAAAAUGGCAGUUUGUAUCCUAUCAGUGGAAUAAAUAAGUCUUAAUGUGUCACCUACAGUAAAAUUUCACGUACUGUUUGGGGGAAGAUUGGUUUUGGAGAUGUCUUAUCUAUUCUUGAAGCAUCCUUUUUCUUAAAACCCAACAUUUCAACUUCAGUGUUAAAUCAGUAAUGAAAGUAUGACACAGGAUGCAAGUAUGGAUUUUGGAAGUGCAGUUUUAAAGUUCAGUUGGAAAUGGUCACCAGGAUGGUCUUAUCCUUGGGAUGGCAAGGCAGCCUCCCGUUUUUGUUUCACUUGUGACUUUGAUGUCACGAGCCAUGAUGCGUAAUACCGUUAGAAGAAGUGUCACGGGUAUGGGUGGUGAGGAGAGAGGGGAAGGAGCUCCAGCAGAAGGUUAGCAAGUUGAACUAAAGAGUCCAAAUUGUGGAGUGGUGCUGUGUUGUGAAUUUACAGUACUAAUGUGCUACAUUAGCGUUUCUUAUCUUUCCUUUUAAAACUUCUUGGAUUUCUGGUGCUGGUUGUUCUGUUCUGUUUGCCUUCCUUUGGUUAAAAAUAAAUUGUAGUUUUGGUGAGAAAUGAUCUCGCCUCUGUGGGCUUUUCCCAUGUCAUCUACAAUAUGUUAACACUUGUCCACCAAUGUCAAAUUGAGCAAUGACAAAUUGACUAAUUUGCUUGUUGCUUGUUUCCUUGUUGUCUUUCUGAUGGGCCUGCAACAAAAACAAUUCUCCAGUGUAGCCAAAAUCUUUGAAGCUGUAGAAGUUAGCUGAAGGAUUCAAGACAAAUGUUUAAUGAAAAAUGAAAGUAUUUUCAUAUUUUACUAGACUCCAAAUGAAUGAAUGCUGCUGCAUUUUAGCACCCAGCAUCAGAAAAAUUGCUCCUUAAAGAAGCCUGCAUUUUCAAAACAGAGCAUGCUUAAAUUCUUGUAUUGUGCUUGAUUGGAAACUAGCUUUAGUCAUUCUGCUUAGUGGGUAUCCAACACCUCUUUCGCUUACUGGUAAUUCAUACUUCUACCUUUCUUUCCUUUCCCUACCCUGCCCUCUUCUGCACAGAAACAUACCUAAGACAGUGAAAUCUUCUGGGUCUGACAUAGACAAGAUUACAGUUUUACAAAUCACAUUUGUUGAGGGGUUGGUUUUGGGGUCUUUUUUUGAGAAUACAGAGGAUAGAAAUUCAGGAAAAUUUUCACAACAGAGGGAGAUUAAGUAAAAUCCGCCCUCUGAGUGAUGGAGGAGUGAGAGAGAGAGACAGGAAUGCAUUUAAGUAUUAUUAAUGCCUAUUUUAAAAAGGAAGUGGGCUGGAAAAUAGAGCUACAAAUGUCAGUUCUUUAGAGUGAAAUACCAGUGCUUGAAAGAAUUAGAAACACACCCAUUAAAAAGGCAAAACUCAGAUGUGGUAACUCUGUCUUCAAACAGCCAAGGAAGAAAUCGCAGUAAAAGCAUCUGAGGUGACUGACUGUGACCCCUCAGCACUGUCUUGGAAGCUAAUGCUGCUAAAUGGAAUUUUCUGGAGACCCGUCUGUGUAAGGCAGUGCUCGGGGAGCCUCAGUGUGUGCAGUAACUGGUCACUGUGCAACUGCUGCCGGGAGUAACUGCCGUAAGUGCGUUAAUGAAUCAAUACGGCUGGUGAGUAAUUGGGCACAGAGUGGUUGCUGCAGAGCUGGCAGUUGAAUAGUGUUAAUCACAGUGAUGACUUUAAUAGCAUUUAAUAGACACUUAGCUGAAUUCAAAGUCAGAUGAGAUGCUGCUCUUUUUAAAAGCAUUUCCAGUGCUAUUAGCUUUUUGUCAUGAAAAGCCACUAAAAUUUCCAUUUUUUUGUUGGGUGUUGGGAAAAGUGCUUCUCUUGCUUUCUGAAUUCUGGAGACAAGUUGGCUGUCUGCACUGGAAAACCCAUUUUCAGUUGAGAGCUUAAAGCAGCUGUUUGGGGUUGGAACUUCCCUCCCAGGCAAUCCUUUAAAAACCUUCCAAAUCCUUUAAAACUUCCAAAACAAGUGGCUGAGGAACGCAGGUAUUUCUAAAUGGCCUUGCACAGAAGGUGACCAUCACCAGCAGAUGCCCUCAGUCUGUAACGGGCAUAAACGGUUGGUUGAGCUCCAGUCUGUGAGUGAGACUGUUGGUUAAAUUACUGAUGUUCUUGUGGCUGCAGGUCCUUCACGUGCAGCCCCAGGCACAGGCUGUUUCCAGUCCUGACGUAGCUGCAGGGAGAAGGUGGGGGGGUGUGAGCCACAACAGAGCAGGUUGCAGGUGAUUCAUAUCGAAUUUAGCUCUAGUUAAGCCUGAAUUAAAUUUCCCUGCUUAGUUUUAUCACUGUCCCUUUUAUAAUCAGGCCUGAGCCAUCAGACCAGGCAAGAUCUGACCCGUAAGCGAUGGUCCGUUCCCCUUUUUGAGGGGCAAAAACUCCUGAUGGACAAAAUGUCAUUCAGGAAGGGCUGGAGAGGGCGAAAAAUGAGCUUUCAAAUGAGUGCAAAACUUCUAAGAGCUAACACAGCCACUCUCUGCUUAUGUUUGGGUCGUUCUUAAUAUAUUUAUUGGAUUGUACUUUUAUCUAAAGUUAUUUAUAUUGAUCUCAGUCAUGUCAGCUGGAAAGUAAUCAAAUGGAGACGAGGGAGUGACUGGACUCGAACACCCAUCUGUCAUAGACGCAGCUUUAACUACCUUAAAAUGAACUGGUAGGCUCUAGUGAUAGCCCUAUCUCUGAACAGAACAGGAAACCAAAAGCUCACAGAGAAUGACCGAAACCUUUAUUUUGGUGUGACCCGUCAGAGCCUUCCCCACAACUGCGCAGUGUUGGGGCUGAAUGUGUUCUCCAAGCUGUGCGCGCUGCUGCUGGAGCACACAAAAAUAAACAACAGACAGCUGUGUUGGCAGCAUAGAAAACUCAGCAAGAUGCAGCUUUUGUCAAACAGAAGAGGACAAAUCAAUAGGAAAAGAAAUGUUUUCAAUCUUCUUGGAAUGCAAACAAUGGAAUUAGAAAAACAACCAAGGAGAGUUGGCAGUGCACUGUCAGCUUAAAACCACUGUUUUAAGCAAAAGAAUUUGGCUGCUUUGUAAUGUCUGCUUUAUUUUGUUAACAAACUCCUCUCAGUCAGGGUUUCGUGUCUUGUUGUUGAUAUGUGCUUUUUAUUCUGCAGAGAGAAGAUAUAUUUAGCUUUCUAAGGAGCUGGAUGUAUCUGGGCUUAGUGACUAGUUAGAUUAUGAUUAUUGAAUUUUCUCUUGACUAUUAAGCCUGAUACUAAUUUCCAGGAGAUAUUAAUAUAGCAACUACUGAACUUAUUAAUGAUUAAAUGGUUCUGGAUUUCCAUGCACAAGAACUUGACCAUUCUUUCCUGAUCUAGCGGAUCACUUCUCGAAGUUUAUUAUCCUUUGUGUUGCAGUACAGUAGGCAUGUGGAAGGGUUGUCGCUUUGGCAAGGGGAGGUGGGAGGUGCGACCAUUGCUCCCUGCAGGACGCAUUUGUCCUUUACCUAAGGAAUGAUGGUUCCUUUUGGAUGUCUAAGGAUAAAGAGGUAAUAGCUGGGAAACCAGAGAGAUCCUAUGGGGACCUUCUCAGGGCAAUUAAAUACUAUUACUUCCUCUUUUUCAUGUUUCCCUUUCUAACUUUGUUAAAAGGCAUUCUGCUUAGUACUGGAUGAUUAAUGCUACUUUUUUUUUUUUUCCUUUUUCCUUCCAGUAUGUUUGAUAAUAGCAAGAUGUUUGUUUUGUUUGGGGUUAAAACUUCAUACUGGCAAAAAAAAAGGACAGUAUAAAGCUUUAACUUUAAGUACUUUUAACUUUAUUACUUUAACUGCUUUUAACUUCCUUUCCUGAAAGUCAGUCGUGCUCUGUCUCCUCCUUAUUCUCUUCCCAGUUUUCUUUUUCUUCUAUCUCUUAUGUCCUUUUACGUUGUCAGCUCCCCCCCAAAUGCUGCCCCUUAGACUGUAAACUCCAUUGGCUGUUAAGCCAGUUUAGUUGCCACUUUUUAAUCUUAAUUUAAUCUGUGUUGCUAGUGAAUGGGGUCCCUGUCUUUGGAGGCUGCAACGCCAAGAGUGUAGAAAGUACCCUGUCAGCUAGGAAGAUAAGAGACUACAACAACUGUUGUAUCUUUGGCAUUGACCAGUACUGGACAUGUAAGAAGAAAAUCCUGUUAUUUGCAUGUUAUUCCAUAGGAAUACUUAAGUUUAUUUCAGGUAACAGUAGCUCCCAUCCUGAAUAUAAGACUUCACAAAUAUUCUUGUCUCUGUACUUCCUUGUUCCUGCAGAUUGUUUGUGUUCUCAAACAUUUGCACUGUUUAGAGUGGGGGGAAGUUUUCUGACUGUCUUCACCUCUUCAGCUCGCUCUCGCCCAGUUGACCGAACAGGCAGGUUGGUGACUGCAGCAAGCCACGGGGCUGCUCAGCCUCCCGCUCAGUCUCGUUCCUCAGCAUCUGCUCUGUACGAUAACGUCAGUCCUGUGCUUAUUUAGUGGUAAGUUAGACCUCUCUAACUACUCCUGCUGACUUAAAAAUAUGUGUUCUUAUCAGUAUUAAAACAGUACAAGAGUGGAACUGUUGCUUUAGGCACGUUUCUUGCCACUGUGUUGGCUAACGAACCUUGAAUGAAAGUAAGAGGGCCAGUGAUUUUGAAAUAGAAGCUGUUAGCCAAGUGUUGUAGAAUCGUAGUCCUUAUUUAUUUUGUAUGCUAAUCUGCACUUGUGACCCUGAGCAGAAAAGCUGCAGUACAGCAGGUUUUAUAAGCUGUGGCUUAUCUAGUAUCUUAAAAAUCUUAUUUAAGCUGACUGGUUUUGUGCACAGGUCAGAAACCGGUUGUCAUUGAUCAUUAAAUGCUAUGCAUAUUGUACAUUCAUUUACAUGGAUUGUUCUAAUAGUGCUUGUGUGUAUUAUGCUACGUUAUCUUAUUUUUUAUAUGUAUGUAUGGCAUGAGGUUUGAUUGUUGGGGUUUUGUAUUGUCACUUUUGUACUCACACAGUGCCUCAUGUAUCUAUUUGCAUAUUGCAAGAAGUUGUUUCAAAGCAGUGAUUGGAAACGGGGGGGGAUAAGACUCUCCACUGUAGGACCUGAUGUUUCUGAAGUAUUAAUAAAGCAUAGUGAUUUGAA